AUGGAGGAGAGUAGCUGGUGGGUUCGAACUGCCUUGACCUGCAACCCGGAGUCCCUGCGUGACACGAAUGAGUCGCUGGAAAGGCAGAUGCGGGAGCAGGAAGAGCGCCACGCGCGGGAGGCGGUGAGUUACCAGGAGGCGCUGGCCCGGCUGGAGGAGGAGGGGCAGAGCCUCAAGGACGAGAUGGCCCGCCACCUGCAGGAGUACCAGGAGCUGCUCAACGUCAAGCUGGCCCUGGACAUCGAGAUCGCCACCUACAGGAAGCUGCUGGAGGGCGAGGAGAACCGGUGCGCACUGCCUACAGCAGUAGGGAAUUCCCACUGCCCCUCCUUGCUGCCCUUGAUAGAGUCGGCCUUGCUCUCUUCAGGAGCUGUGCAGUGUUUGGCCUUGUGUCCAGCUUCCCUCAUGCCCCAACGCCCAGUACUGCGCCUGCUUAACACACAGUAG